AUGCCCGUUCUUACCAAGGAGUCAUUGGUAGAUGGCAAGAAACAAGAGGGAAGAUGGGAUGAGGUUGUUGCCGGCACUGAAACGAACGUCGAUGUCACUGACCCAUCAAGCCUUCCCCUAACAGCGACUUGCUACGGCCAGCAGCAAGGUGGGCAGGCUGACAAAAGCUCGGCGCGGGGAAACCCAGCUCCGGCCCAGGUCCCACAUCUCGAAGCUGCGCAGACGCAUCACAGACAUGGUCGGAACACGGCCUGUUUGCACGACAAGACAAGACAACCGACAGCAGCGACCAUGGUUGUCAAGAUUCGACUCGCCCGCUUCGGGCGUCGAAACUCACCAUUUUACAACAUCGUCGUCGCCCACGCUCGAAUGGCACGCAACGCCCGACCCCUCGAAGUCCUCGGCACGUACGACCCCGUGCCCAAGCCCGACCCUUACGACACGUCGGGCGCCCUGCACAAGGACAUCAAGCUCGACACGCAGCGCGCGCGCUACUGGGUCGGCGUCGGCGCCCAGCCCACCGAUACCGCUUGGCGGCUGCUGUCCAUGGUCGGCAUCCUGCCGAAGAAGGACUUUGGGCCCAAGGAUAAUGCGAAAAAGGGCGAGGUCAAGGCAGGCGAGGUGAGGAUUCGCUGA